UUGUCACGCGGUACUUCCUCAUGAGAUAUGCCUUUCUUGCGGAAGUAUUUUACAUUGAUAACGAUUUACAGAUAAGUAAAGAUGGCAACAGACGACGCCACCACUCCUUUGUUAAACCCUUCAGCUAGAGGAACAAAGCGUUUCCAGCUAUCAAAAUGGACGCCGAUAGAAGUCUUAGUCGUGCUAUAUUUUCUUGCUGCAAGUUGUAUUCUGCCAGUUCAGCAAUACUAUGCAAUCACAGUGAUAGCAGAAAAACAUAAUGUUUCCAAUUUUAUAAACCACGAGGAGAAAAAAUGUCACAGUCCUAGUACUAAUUCGUCAAAUAAUGAGAAAACUGUAGUUGAUGAAAUCGAAGAGGAAUCUUCACAAUUUUUAAUGUAUCUUGGAUUUUGUAGUACAUUUUUAUCGGUAAUUCCAAUUGUAUGUCUAGGAUCGAUUUCGGAUCGACUAGGGAGAAAAUUUGUACUGUGCUUUUGUUUAGCUGGUUUAUUACUAAAAGAGAUACUUUACAUUAUAGUUAUACAUUUUCAUUUAUCUUUAUAUAUUUUGUAUCUUGCACAAGUGAUUGAAGGCCUUACUGGUGGCUUUGGAGGCAUGCUGAUGGCACUGUUUGGAAUGACUGCCGAUGUAACGGAACCUGGUAAAAAUAGGGCAUUUAGGUUGUCUGUCGUAGAAGGUACUGCAGCAAUCACCUAUUCCCUCGCAACACUUGGAAUGGGCUACUGGAUUAAAUACGGAGAAUUCUACUUUCCUAUGAUAUUUAUUUGUGUUGUUACUAUACUUACAAUAGCUUUCUGUGUUUUAUGUAUUCCAGAAACGUCACCAAUGCAGGGUCGCAACGAAACCUUCGGUCUUGUAUAUUUUUUCAAAUGCUACCGUUUUUAUGUUUUACCUAGUCCGGAAGGGAGACGACGGAAGUUAACAGCAUCGGUAUUUAUCCUGGCCCUCUCCGGUGCUGCUAUACUGGGGAGAUCAAGUACGCUAACACUUUAUCUACUUAAAUCACCAAUAUGUUGGACUGAGGUCAAAGUUCAAAUUUUUACGUCAGUUCAGACAUUCACGAACUGGGUUGCAGCCAUGAUUGUAGUUCGUAUUUUACAUGUAUUCACUCAAGACUAUGUAAUUUUAGUGAUUGGAACUCUCUCUGCAGCAUCUGCCAGUCUCCUUCUUGCAUUUGCGACAAAAGGCUGGCUUGUUUAUUUGUUUGUUAUUGUUGGUAUAUGUUCAGCUGCCGUAUUUCCGACGGUUAGAGCUAUGAUGUCACGUCAAUGUACAGCAGCCGAACAAGGAUCGUUAUUUGCCAGUGUAGCUAGUGUAGAGUUAUUGUUCACUGCCUUUGCACAAUUAACGUAUGGUGGAGUAUACAAAGCCUCGGUUUCAUUUUAUCCUGGGUUGGUGUUCCUGAUAAUGGGAGGAGUUCUAUUCCUAGUUCUAUUAAUCUCUAUAACACUAUUUAGAUGGAUGAGAAAAGAAAAUUUAAAUAUACAGACGUGGCAAGUUAUAAACUAAUGAAAAAGGAGAAGUCAGCUUUACAUCAGCACGUCACAAAUACUGUUUUUAAUGUUUAAAAGUAUUAUUUUUUCCCCUUAAUCAAGUAAUAUUGUGUAUUUGUAUUGUAACUAGAUUCUGUCAACAAAAAGGGCAUGGUUUAUUUUAAUUAGUUCUACGAAUUAAUCAUUGUGGCCUGUUUACAUUUUUUUUACAAAUAUUCAGAUAGAAGUAGAAUAUUUGUUUUGUUGUCGAUACCCAGUUCACUUAUUAAUAUUUGUUUUAUCUACUACAAAUGUAUGAGACUGCGAUUUAAAACCUUUUUUAAGCAGAUAUGUUAAAACAAUUUGUUUAUCCUAGUCACACGGUGACAAAUGAUUUUAAUCACAACUAUGUCACAGUAUAGUUUACAAUUCAGUGCUUUUAGAUAUAUAACUCAAUGCUCACAAAUCCAUAUAUGACACAUUUAUAUAAUUCAUCAGCUGAAGUAUAGUUGAACUGGUUUAUGUUUGUGCAAAGGGACAUUUUUGUAAAUUUUAAUAUUAAACGAAAAAAAACAUUCAUGAGUAUAAAUUGUGUUUUAAAUGUAACUUUACUAUAAGGAACUAUAAACUACUAUAUUCAUUUAGAAAAAUCCGUUGCAAUUAUUUACACCUACUAAAAUGUUCCUUCAUUAUAAAUUACUGUAAAAUUGUCAUGACCAACAUCACGAUACACUUGUGAACAUGAGCAACACGAUGGGUGCCACAUGUUUAGCAGGUUGCUUAGUCUUUAGUUUUCUAUGUUGUGUCAUCUGUACUAUUAUUUGUCUGUUUGUCUUUUUAUUUUUUGCCAUGGCGUUGUCAGUUUGUUUUCGAUCUAUGAGUUUGACUGUCCCUCUGGUAUCUUUCGUCCCUCUUUUAAGUAUGCCUACCCUUCCGGAGCACCUUAUAUCACCCCUGGAUAUUGGUGGGUUCGUGUUGCUCAGUCUUUAGUUUUCUUUGGUGUGUUUUGUAUACUGUUUGUCUUUUGGUCGUUUUUCGUUUUUUGCCAUGGCAUUGUCAGUUUGUUUUUGACUAAUAAAUUUGAAUAUCCCUUUGGUAUCUUUUGCCUCUCUUGUGAAAACUGAUAUGAUACACUGCCUACUUGAAAUUGUUGUUGGUUUUUUAAAGUUUUCUUUUCCCGAUCUAUAUUUCCUUAAUGUCAAAUCCAUUAUUUGUGUUUAGCUUGGAAUAAUCUUGGAAAAUGAAUUGCCACAAUCUGAUUAAGAAAUUUGGUUCUAUAGAUUACACGAGUUAGACGAAUAGCCUUAACAUAAUUUGAAAGUUAUUCUUACAAUUUUGUUGUUGUAUAGAGAAGUCACUGCCAUCAGAGAAAGAGAGAUUAAAAUGGUCAAUCUUGCCCCAAUUUUUUUUAUUUUUAGAAAACUGAUUUGGUCCUGCAUUAGAUCAACACUUGUCAAAAAAUAUUUUGAAAUGUUUUAUAUGUAUUUUAUUUACGUCUGUUGAUGUUCAUUGUUGAUGUGUAUGUAUUAAUUUAUAAUAAUUAAAUAAGGUGCUUUUUGUUUGAUUAAGUCUUUUUUAAAUACCACAAACAUUUUUUGCUGAAAUUUUUAUAGAUCUGUUUUUGUUUGUUGUACAAUCUCUAUUAAUAUUUGAACACUCAAGUAGUAUUAUAUUUAUGGGGAAUACUCCAGUUGAUAUAAAAUGUUUCUUAUUAUAAUGUUGUUCCUUUAAAUAGGUGCUAUGAUAUUAAACAUAUUUCUUCAAAUGACAAAAUACUGACUAUUCGAUUGCCAAGAGGGAUUUUAUACAGAAAAUACAAAUGUAGGGGCAUGAGAUAAACUUUUCAUAUAAUUAUUAUUGUUAACGCUUACUUCAAGCAUAUGCAUGUUAUUGCCCUGGAUUAUUACAGAUUAUCUGAGUUGUACGAAUAGCCUCAAUAUCCUUUGAAACUUGCUCUUACAAUUUUAGUUGCGAAGAGUCAACACUGCCAUCAAAGAUCAUAUGACAAAGACAGGGUUACUAAAAAGAUCAUAAAUCUUGUCCAAAUUUGAAGUUAUUCAAAGAAAACUCACUCGGUCAUGCAUUAAAUCAACACUGUCGAAAUAUUACUAUUUGGAAGUUAUAUAUGUAUUUUUUUCAAUUGUGAAAUUAUAUUCACUAUAUUGUUUUUUUUUAUGUUAACUUAUUUAUAAUUAUAUAGAGUGCUUGUUGUUUGAUUAAUGUUAAUAAUGUAACUGAUAUAUUUUUACUAAAAUUUUUAAGGUCUGUGUUUGUUUGUUGUAAUCUUUGAUAUUUUAACAUGCAAUGAGUCUUAUAUUUAUGGUUAAUACUGCUGAUUAUAUAAAUGGAUACUUAUUUGUAUGUUCCUUUAAAAAGUUCUUAUGAUAUUGAAAAUAUUUCUUCAAAUGACAAACUACUGACUUUUCGAUUACCAUGAGGGAUUUUAUACAUUUAAUACAGAAAAUACUAAUAUAGAUGUCCAGUGGAAGAUACACUUACCAUAAAUCUAAUCAUUGUUUACUCUUUCGUUUCUUUUUAUUUAUAAAAGUUAUUGCCCUUGAAUAUUGCAAAAUAGUAGAUAUAGAGAUAAAAAAAAUCUUGUUCAAAAUGUAGUCAUGUAAAUUAACAGUCAAUUGUAGAGUUAUUCAAACGUUCUGAAAAUGGUCUGAUAUCGGAUUUUAAAUGAUGAAUUGUUUUUGAGUCAUUUAUAAGUUUUUUACUUACACCAAAAUAUUCAGUUGUUUACAUAAGUCUUUUACUUACACCAAAAAUUAAGGUAACAUUAUAUAUGAUGAAUGUUUGAAAAUAUAAACGCUUUUAUUUGUCUACAAAAUGAUGUAAAAUCACUUCAUCCUCUACUUAAUGCAGUUUAUGUUUUCAAUACCAGUGACUUUUCUAAAUUGAAGUUUUUGUUUUAGAUACAAUAUUCUAAAACUCUCCAUUUCUCAUGAUAUAUGCCUAAUUCAAAUUAUCAUUUUGUUACCCUAAAGCUAAAUAAUUUAAGUCCUUUAAUUUGCAAUGUAGGUGUAGUCUUUUUUUUUUUAACAUACUUAAUCGAAAUUUGUUUUUAAUAUUAAUUAAUAUUCAUAAUAUGUGAACAAUUUAUUCUUUUAUUUUAGGAUUAGAAAGGUUUUUAAUAUAUUUUGAUAUUUAUUUUAAUUGAUAGAUCUGCCGCAAAUGCAAUGUUAUAAAGCCUAUGUAUUAUAAUAAAAGGAUGUCGCUUUCCAACUUAUUUUAUCACAUCUAAAAUUGACCAUUUAUACUAAUAUUAUUCGAGUAAUAAUUUUGAUCUGCUAAUGCAUAAAAAAUGUAUGCAUUUAAUAACUUGAUUUUUUAAAUUAUGUUUUGUUAAUGUUUUUCGUAAUUACAAUAUGUUGUAAUAAAAUGUUUUACUUAUUUACUUUACAAAUAAGAAAAGGCAUCGCAGUAGACUAGAAACUAAAAAAAAAUGUUAAUGGUUAGCAUUAGCGUUGUAGAAAUGCAUUUUAGUGGUUAUAAAGAUGAGUUUUAUUGUGUGUGUUUUUUUUUAAAGUUGUUUGUUUUUUUAUUUUUAAAUAUUUUUGGAGUAUUUCUUUAUACAUGAAACUAUUUUGUGAAAAACUUGCAUUGAAUUAUGAAAAUUAUUUAAAAUCCAGAAAGAUAAUGCAAGUAUUUUAGAAAUGCAUUUUAGUAGUUAAAAAGUUUUUUUAUUGCUUGUUUCAAUUUAUUUGUUUGUUUUUUGUUUGUUUGUUUGUUUGUUCUUUUAUAUUAUUGGGAUAUUUGUUUGUUUGUACUUGAAUAAUUUUGUGAAGAAUCUGUAUUGAAUUAUGAUUAAAAAUCGAAAAAAAAAGAAAUAGUUGAAUGUGUAUCAUGUCAUGAUUAAAGUAUUUUUAUGAAUUCAGGGAUUGUUUGUUGUGGACAAAAACGUAAUGUCGACAUUUCUUUUAUAUAUUUCGUUCGUAGGGUCAAACUCGGAAAGAUGUUGAAUCUAACUUGAAUUUUUAUGUACCAGAGAUCAUAGAGCAUACCAUCACACGUGAAAUAGCUCAAUAUAUUUUUUUUGUUUACUGGCUUAAAAAAAUACGGAUAUUGUUUCAUUGAAUUUUCUGUUAUAAAAUUUAGAAAAUAAUUUGAAAGUAAGAAAUGUAUCAACCUCAUACA